AUGGAUAGGCGCUUCUGGUCACGGAUCAUCAUCCACGUCGAUGCCCCGUACGUCACCCGCCAUGUCAUCAAUACCUUCCUUGCCGCCACGCGCAUGCGUACCAUAGAGAUCUACGUGUGCUAUCGCGGCGCUCCUCUGAUGGACCCUAACCUCGAAAACAGGCGCAUUCUAGCAGCCAUGGAAUGCAUCAGGCCUCAUCUUUCUCGGUGCUCCAAAUUCACCCUGAAAGGUCUCUACCGCUCGUCUACAGUUCUCGCUAGCCGCCUCUUUGACGGUGUAUCAGCACCUAAAAUGGACAAGCUCACGUCUAUCUCCGCUAUUACGGAUACCGAUGAACCAGCCCAAAUAAUAGCGUUCUACUGCCCUAAGAUGUCUCAACUGGAACUAGACGCGCGGAGCCUCGCUGACUUCGUUCUUGCCAUCGACGGACGCAAGGAUGGGGCAUCAUGCUCCCUGUCCCUAGUCGCUUGUCGAUAUCGCCCUCCUACAAUCAUGGACGCCCUUUCUCCCAAACUUUUCGGUGACGCUCUCAUAGCCGCGCAAGGGUGCCCACGAGAGAACGAGAACGCGGACUGCAAAUGGGACGGGUCCUGGCUAUCUGUCGAUGGAUGUCCAGGAUUCGACGACACCUUUAUGAAUGUGCUUACGCAGAGCCGGAGCGUCUGUCCUAAUCUCACCGAUAUACAAGUCGGACACAGCCCUUGCACUCCGCGCGCUCUGAUUCAGCUAGCUAAGGCGAGGGAAAGGUUGGGGAAGCCGCUGGAGGCUUUGGACGUUCUUGGUGGUAUCCCACUUCCCUCUCUGGCAGAACUGACCGCGAUCGAAAGAAGAUUCGAUGUGAUUUGGUGGUUUGAGGCGUGGUUCGAAUUACGAGGAGAAGAAUGGGUUGAGGCGAACACCUAG